GAGCUGCGGGGCACCCCAUCCCCUGGAGAGCCUCUGCCAUGUCGCUGGUUGCGAAGGAGAAGAACCACGUGCGCCUGGUCUUCUUGGGCGCUGCCGGCGUGGGCAAGACAGCCCUGAUCCGCCGCUUCCUGCUGGACACCUUCGAGCCCAAGCACCGGCGCACGGUGGAGGAGCUGCACAGCAAGGAGUACGAGGUGUGCGGGGCCACGGUCAAGGUGGAGAUCCUGGACACCAGCGGGAGCUACUCCUUCCCGGCUAUGAGGAAGCUCUCGAUCCAGAACAGCGAUGCCUUCGCCUUGGUCUACGCCGUAGAUGAUGCCGAGUCCUUCGAGAGCGUCAAGACCUUGCGGGAGGAGAUCUUGGAGGUGAAGGAGGACAAGUUCCCUCCCAUCGUGGUGGUGGGUAACAAAGCAGAGAGCGGCGGCGAGAGGCAGGUCCCGGCAGAGGAUGCCCUGUCGCUGGUGGAGCUGGACUGGAACAGCCGCUUUGUGGAGACGUCAGCCAAGGAGAACGAGAACGUCCUGGAGGUGUUCAGGGAGCUCCUGCAGCAAGCCAACCUGCCCAGCCGCCUCAGCCCGGCCCUCUGCAAGCGGAGGGAGACGUUUCCCAAGGAGCCCAUGCUGAGGCCGCCCAUGAACAAGACCAACAGCUGCAGCGUGUGCUGAGCCGGGCGCGUGGGGCCGGCAGGGAGG